CUGUACCGUUUCCGGUAGAGUGUUGUUGCAGCUUGUGAGCUGCUGGCUGGGCCGAGCGCUGUUAUUGUUGUCUUAGCGGCCAUGGAGGAGCUGAGCGCGGUGGGCGAGCAGGUCUUUGACGCCGAAUGCAUCCUCAACAAGCGGCUCAGGAAGGGGAAGUUGGAGUUUCUGGUCAAGUGGCGAGGAUGGUCGUCCAAACACAACAGCUGGGAACCGCAGGAAAACAUCCUGGAUCCCAGACUACUGGCGGCCUUCAACAAAAAAGAACAAGAGAAGGAGCUUCUGAUACGUAAGCGAGGGAAAAGGCCGAGAGGACGACCGCGGAAAGUUCCGGAGAAUGUUUCUGAAGCUGUCAAGUCCAACAGCUCCUCAUCAGGCUCAUCGUCCUCAUCCUCAGAUUCUUCUUCUUCUGGAUCUUCCUCUACCUCCUCUUCCUCUGAGGACGACGAUGAUGACGGGGAUGAGGACAGCCACAGCAAGCAGGCGAAUGCCGUUCUGAACACACGAGACCUCCUCCCCGUCCCUCAGAAGAAAGCGCAGAUUGUUGUCGCCAAACAGGAGCCACCCAAGAAACGAGGCCGUAAAACGGUCUCUGCAGAAGUGAAGGACUACCGUCAAGGAAAAGUCGCUCAGAAGGCGUCCAGAGUUGAUCUUCCAGGAUCUAUCAAGAAGCCUGCUCACUUAGCUAGCUUCACCUUCAUGGGCUUCAACAGGGGAUCGUCUAGGGAUGAUGUGGUUGGUCAAAAUCGAGGCUCUCCGGGCCAGGGGGAGGCUUCUAGAAACCCGAUGAGCCCUGUGGCAUCCAGCAGAUCCGUCCCGCAUUCCCCAAUCUCUCUGAAUAAAUCCAGCCCCAGUGAAGGGAAACUGUCCGUCUCCAGUCUGGACUUGUUCAAAUCAAGAGGAGUAGCAGCUUUGAACUUAAACACAUCCAGACAGCAUGUUCCCAGCGGGCAAAAGGCUCAUGUGUUGCAGAGAAUAUCCAAUGCUAAAGCUAUGGCCUCCCAGCAGUCAAAUAACACAUUAAACAAUCAAAGUAUUCAUCCUGUAAACCACCACAACAAAGUCAUGAAGACCAAUCAAUCACCUGGAAAUGGUUCUGGCCCUGGUUCAGGUCUUAGAAAUGCAGCAAGUCCGGCACACAUGGUUUCUCUCAACCAAAACCAAGAAUAUAAGACCCCGCAGAGUCCAGCUACCCCUGGAGGACCCCGGAAGAACAAGUCAGCUGUUGAAAAGGUCAAAGAAGCCGAGGUUCAAACCACCCGAGGUAAACUGGAGAAAGGCGGAGUCCAAAGGUCUGAGACCCCCAAAGACAGCAAGAAAGCCAAGACGAGCGAGAUGAGCACAGGAGAGGACGAGAGCAGCUCAGACUCUGAUCAGGACUCUUCAGACACUGGUCAAGAUGACUUAACGGCAGUCCAGAACCAAGACUGGAAGCCCACCCGCAGUCUGAUAGAACAUGUUUUCGUCACGGACGUCACCGCUAAUCUGGUCACUGUCACAGUGAAGGAGUCUCCAACUAGUGUGGGCUUCUUCAGCAUCCGAAACUACUGACAGAACUUGACCAUCACGUCAGGAACGUUGAUUUUUGUUUUAAUUUAUUGACUUGCGUUAUUUGAACACAGUUGGAUAAAAAGGGUUGACAUCAUGCCAGAACCCUUCAAGGCCAAGAAAGGGAUUUUGGUCUCCUGAUGAGCUGAAACUUGAUCUUCUUGAAUAGAAAUUGGUGAAAAAACGAGAAGGUUUUUCCUUGGAUUUUUUUCACAACUUCCCAGUUUUCAUAUAAAAUAUAUUCUGGAAAACAUCUCAGCAGCUUAAAAGUGGACACAGGAGACUACAUGAUUGGGUUUUUCUAUUUAAUUGAUCAAUCAAUAGUUCAUGUAAAUCACCUUGCAACUAAGACGUUUAUAGUGUAUUUUUGUAUUAGCUACCUCUGUUUUCUACAAGUCCUGCUCCAAGGUGUAGGACCCUUGUCUUACUGCUGACAUCCCAAAACACCAUUUUUCUUGACAGACUGAACGAAGCAUGCUGAGACAGACACAGAGUCUCUCUGCCUUGAUAAGACUCCUCCACUAUCAGACUCCCACAUUAAAGUGUUCCUAUGUUCCUACAGCAGGACAAACACCUGACCAGGUUCUGUUGGGCAGGUCCCGUGGGAGCAACUGGGUGUGGACUGUGAGACAAUUAAAGCACCAGAUGUCUCUGAGCCACUUUUGUUGUUUUGUCAGCUGCUGAAGUCUCUGAGAUCUUCUCCCGCACCACUUCCAACUGACCACGUAACACAAAAGACGUCGCAACAAUGUGCGCCACUUUCCGCUCUCCUGAGAGCUUCCAGCAACAAAGCUCUUCCUCUGAACUCUGCGGUCUAAUCCGGCGCCUUAGCACUGUGCCUUUCUCUCAGACCAACACAAAGACAGACGAGUCCAGGUUGUCCAGGAUUAUGGGAGAACUUGGGAGGAGCUCGGAGACGCUUGUUGGACUUAUGAAGGACUGGACUAACACUGCAAGCCUUACUCAAACUGGAGAAAAAGUUGGUUUUUUUUGGGUUUUCAAAACAUCAAUGUUUUGUGUAGGGGGUGUCCCGAUCUUAUAUCGAUACCGGAUAGGAUAUAGAUAUUUCAAAUAGAUGUUCAGUCCAAUAGCUGCAAAAAAAAAGUAUGGGAUGAUAGUGGUUUGCAUGUAAAAUGUGUGAUAUUUGCGAUACAAGCAGUUCUACAAAAUGAUUACUUGUGUGUGAUAUCAUGUGCGAUAGAAGCAGGUCUACAGCAUGUUUACUUCUGCAAAGCUGGAUGGCCAGUUAACAUCUAAAUGUCCUCCGAUAAGCACACAAUUUAUUUUUAUCUUACUAAAGUAAUUGACAAAAAAGGUAAACAUGCUAGGCUAUAGGAUAGUAGGAGCUCACAGCUACACAACAGCUAAGCACACAAGCUAGACAUGCGUAAUAAUCGAAGAACAAUAUUGCAAUGUUAAGCAGCGCAUUUGUCAACAUAAACAAGUUACAAAUAAUUAUAGUUGCAUUUUACUUACACAUACAAAGUGUCCAAGGCAGUAGAGUAUUAGAAAGUAUCCAGUAACAAACUUGUCAGCAUUAUUCAACAUAUGGUGCAUUCCUAUGACCUCGGCGGUCGAAGGUCGGAGCUGGGAAUGACGUCACAGCUGAGUUGUGAGGGUUCCAGUUAAAAGGUUGAGAAUCAAGAUGGCCACAUCCAUUCGAUAUAAACAACCUAUUGGGAAAUAUACUCUUAUUACAAAGUUCUGACAUGGUGGAUGAAGAGGAAACAAAGCUAGCAAUAGUAAAUACCACAUAAAAUAAAUGUAGUUUGCACUACAGUAACAUUACAAAAUGUAAAGCUCCAACCAAGGCUGGGCGGUAAACUGGUAUUAGUUAAUUCCAGUAUAUUUUUAGAAAGAUAUAUAUUUGAGACAAUACCACCAUACCGGUAUCUUUACAUGUGCCUUUUGUGGUCGAUGCAGUGUGCUGCCGCUCCUCUUUAUUAACCAUUAUUAACACAAGCCGGGGUGAAGAAUCGACAGAACAGAACCGCCUUCAGAGCUGACAAACCUCCGCUGCUAACUGCUGAAGCUAACAAAAACUGUUCAGCCAAAACCAUGCGGAAGUCACGUGUCGCGUGGCAAUAGACCCCACCUCUUAAAGGCACACACACACCAACUCUCAACUGCAUAUGACAUCUAUUUAAAAGGUGUUUUUUUACGCAAGGUAUUGAUUACUUUUCUGAGUAAUUAAUUACAUUUAUCAAAGAGUAAUUCUACAAGUAACUAUUUUUUUAAAGUAAUUUUUAGAACACCAGUAAUGUGGUGUUGAGUUUGAACUUAACACUUUGCAAGUUUUUUUUUAAAACGCCGAAAAUGUAUUGUCUAUCGGGAUACUGCCUAAAAAUACUGGAAAUCAGUGGUGGUCCUUAUCGCCCCGUAUAUGACUGACUUAGUGCGACAAAAACUAAUCACAAUGGCUAAAAACUCAUGUUAUCUUUUAAGCCAACUUCCCAGCACCAAUGGAAUGCACCAUUACCGCGUCACGGACUCAUUUCAUUAAAUUAUUUUGGCCACAAGGUUUUGCCAAAGGGAUUACCACUCCACUUCAACUUAAAGACAGCAUUAGUCCAUUCCUGACAUUUUUCAUACCGACCAUUGUUCUGAGUAAUUCUACUUAAUCAAGCAUUUUUAACUUUCCACCCGACAAAAUAAUAGACGUAGUUACUGUACUCUUAUUGGCGCUGACAUUUCAGAUCAGUGUCGGUGUUUUCAUAUUGAUAGUGAAGAAGAUGUAUCGGGACACUCCUAGUUCUGUUGGCUAAUCAAUGCCAUCAAGUGUGGGACCAACAUUCUUAUUUUGCUGAAAAGAUGCUAGAAUAAACAUGGUAUUUUGGUUUUGUACAAUGAA